AUGCACCACCAUCACCAGCACACUCAUUCAUCAUCCUCCACAACAAAACAACUAGUAGGACAAACCAAUCAUGAUACCUCCAAUAAUAAACAGUCGACUCAACACAAAGUAGCACGUCCCUCGGAAACAACAAAAUCCGAAAGAAUUUCUGAAUUUGUCAAUCCAUCAUCUUUAAAUACAUCCAUUUCUUCUCAAUCCUCCAUAGAACAACUGUCUCACUCAUCAUUUAUUUCUUCAUCAAUUUCUCAAUAUAUUCAAUCAAAUAUUAUUGAACCCUAUCAAGAAGAUAUUCAAUUGUGCUUGAAUCCAUGUGAAAAGAUACCUUUUUAUAUCAUUUAUAGUAAUUCAAGGAAAUUAAUGAAAAAUUGUGCAAAUUUUAUUUCACAUUUAUAUGAAAUGGAAUUAAAGGAGAAGAAAUUAAAUCAUUUAAUAUGUAAAAAUAACUUGAUUCCAAUUGGAUUCGAUGCAGAAUAUAAAGCAAAGAUUGGAGUUGGUGUUUGUAAUGAUAUUAAACAUUUAAUCUCUCAGAAAUAUCAUAUCACUACUACUACGAUGAGUAAUAACACUACUACGAUGAGUACUAAAAAUAAUAAUAAUACUGAGAAUAAUAUCACUAGUAUGAUGAAUAACAAAUCUCCUAUUACAACUAGCACUCCUCUCAUUAUUGAAAAUAUCAUUGAUUUGGCAAUAGUAUCCUCUCAAUAUCAUUUAUUUGGAACUUCCAUUCCAUCCUUGAAAUUAUUGGGAAUUGAAUUAUUGAAUAUUGAAAAUGUGAGAGGAAAAGAUUUAUCAAAAUUUGAACCCUUUGUCAAGUAUGCAGCAAUGGAUGCUUUUAUAGGAUAUUCAUGCUUGUAUAAAUUGUAUGAAAUCAUGUCGAGUGAAGAUUUUAGUGAAUGGAUACGAAAGCAAUGUAAAUCAUCGGACGAUCCUUCGUUUGAUGUCAUUUCCAAUCAUGGAGAGACUAGUACUGCUGCAACAACAACAACAACCAAGGAUUUCAACAACUCUACUGAAGACUCUUCCUCCUCUCAUAUUCUUCUUAAGGGAAAGAGUUUAACUUCAUUGAUGGAACUUUCAAAAUUGAAUCCCAAUGCUACCGAUCAAGAACGUGAAGAAUUUCUCUCAAUGAGAUCCACCUUUAUGGGAAUGAUGUAUGGUGAUAAAAGAUCACAUGUGAAUUCAACAACAAGAACAACACCCAAUCAACAAGUUCUGUAUGCAAAGGAAAAGAAUCAAGCACGAUUGAGAAAAAUGGCUCACAAAAAUUCCACUCAACGAUCCAUUUCGAAUUUAGUGAAUGAUAUGAAACAAUCCAAACAAUCUGCAACCCAAACGAUGAGUCAAACAUCAGACCAUAAGACAGAAUUCGAUAAGACACAAUCGGACCCUAGUAACCAUACUUGCAUCACGCCUUCAUCCAAACAAGAGUCAAAGAAAAGAAGUCAACCAUCACCCACAUCCAAAAAGUCAAACCCACCUCCCAAGUCAAAAAAGGUCAUCUCAUCGAGUCAAGAUAGUAUUUCAUUUUCAUUGGUGUAG